AUGGCUUCACAAUCUGUCAUCUCCAUCAACGCGAAGAACAUCACGCACAUCGACUUGACUGUGGACGAUGACAGUGACAGAUCUGGCAAUCUUCAAAGAUCAUCGCCGCCGCCGCCUGUCCGUCCCACAGACACUACUACUACCCAGGCGCGUUUUGCCCCCAACUUUGCUAUUGAGCGACAUCCAUCAUCAACCCAUGCACCUGUCAGCCCGCCCAAGAUAAAUCGAGCCUCAGCUUCCAUCACCGCCAUCCAGGAUAAGCAGCCUUCCACUGAGCUGCCACGUCCAUCGCCUCCCGUACUCAAGGUUGAGCAGAAAGUGACCCAAGUAAUUGCUGCCCUCGACGAUGCCCACAGCAUGGCAAGGCUGUCUAAAGUGGCAGCUUCCAACGUGGUAUCUCGUCAGGUGACGCCGACACUUGAACAAGAUAUGGACACAUCAGCACAAGAACCCAAGCCCACGUCUCCUAAAUAUCAAACGCCCAGGAAACCCGAAUGGGAUGUUGCGUCUCUCGCUAAAAAGUUGGUUGAAUAUCGCCAGGAUAUCAAAAAUGGCCACAGCCGCAUGACUUCUUACAUUAUUGAAUCUACGCACCCUACAGAGCGACGCAGUCUUACUGGCGCCAAUCUCUUCGCCGGACUCACCAGCAAGUCUAUGCCGGCCAAGAAGGGCGAAACGAUGAAAAUCAAAUCCAAAGAAUUGGAGGACAUUGAUCGCAAAUCCGGCUUCAAACCCAUGAGCCGCGAAGAAAAGGUUCGUAUAACUGUUCGCUCCGAAUUUGCCUCGACCGUCCUUCUCUACCUGGAGAGCUGGCUGGACAAGCUUUCAUUACCUGGCUGCGACAAAUCAACCCUUAUCCGCUACAUGGCAAGUCGCGAACCCGACAAUGCAAUCACGCCCAGACAAAAGUCGGACAUCCUGAAUUCGCAUCGCCCAGCUGGAUCAACAACCCCGCCCGGGGCAAACAGAGCUGCCGAUAUAUUUACCGAAGCAUUCCACCGCGUCUUCCAUCAGGGCCAACCCCUAAACAAGCAAAUUGAGCUUCGCGAUGUUCUUCUUUUAGAUGAAUCAGUUGAUAGCAUUAUGGAAACAAAACCCACAGCAAAGGACGUUUCUAGUUCGCAGAAACAAAACGAACAUGAGGCCAUCGAGUACUGGUUGGGUACUUAUUCAAUUCUCGGUUGUCUUAUUUGUUUUAGUCAUUCUUGCGAACAUGGUGAGUAUGACGCGCAGAAUUGCAAACGCACCCUUUCGAUGCUUCCUCGCCUUUCAGAAACUCUCAAGCGGAGACGGCGCAUACCUUAUGAGGAUAAGGAUAUGAUGAAUGGCCACUCACGCCUUUGCAAACGGAACUGCUAUCAGUCGUCGCCUCGCCCCGAGGCUUGCUCGGUUCAGCGACCCUGGAAUGAAGAAGAACACAAGCAAAUUGCAAAUACGAACAGUCAACUGCUGAACCGCGAGUGUGAUCCGGAUGUUUGUGGGACAUGUGGUGUACUGGAUAGGGCUGAUCCUGAGAAUGCGGAUGACGAAGUUCUUCAUUCUACUGGGUGCCAGAACUGCCCCCUUCAGCGUGGCCAAGCAAAAGGCCUCGCUUUAGGUCAGAGUCAACUCGAAGGUGUUGGGUAUGGACUUUUCACGGUUGAGCCUAUCGCUCAGGAUGACUUUAUCAUCGAGUAUGUCGGAGAGUUGAUUACUCAUGAUGAGGGUGUACGACGAGAAGCCAGGCGUGGUGAUGUAUUCGAUGAAGAAUCCAACAUUUCCUACGUUUUCACCCUUUUGGAAAAUGAAGGCAUCUGGGUGGACGCUGCCACGUACGGCAACUUGAGUCGUUACAUCAACCACGCCUCGGAGAGUGACAAACGCGGCUGCAACAUCACGCCUCGUAUUCUCUACGUCAAUGGGGAGUACCGAAUCAAGUUUACAGCUAUGCGCGAUAUCGCAGCUGGAGAAGAGCUCUUCUUCAACUAUGGAGAGAACUUCCCUAACCUGACAAAGAAGCUGCUCGACCAUAAGACGGGAGGGAAGUCGGGCGAGGGUAAGAAGCGAACACGACGCCCCAACGGAGAAGGAGUCGCCAGAAAGGCCCCAAAGACGGACAAGAAGAAGCCUGGAAAGGGGAAGAAGGCCCAAGAAGCCCUGUACGAAGAGGAUUUGACGGCGACACUUGGAUUCACCCCAAAGCCGUUGCGCAAACGUAAGAAGGGCGCCCUCGACGAUGACUCGGAAGAGGAGGAGUAUCAUCCUACCGGAACAGAUGCAUCUCUCCUGGAGACACCAUCCGAUGGAGAGUCAGAUUAUGGAACUGGCAAGUCAUCGGCACCCAGGUUUCGAAAACGUCCGCGACAGGCUGUAAAGGCAGGUGUCUCGGAUCAAAGUGGCAAACCUCGUGCAGUUGUCAAAACUCGAGGCAAAAGAGGAGGAGCCAGACCUGGCAGUGGUCGACCUAGAAAAUAUCCCCGGAAUGCCACUUCGGCCACUUCAGCCACUUCAGCCCCGAAGACCGCGACGACUAGGUUGUCGGUGUCGGUAUCGGUGUCGGAGGGAACAGAUGGAACAGAGCAAAAGGAGGAGCAAACGCAGAAACAAAUCGUGGUGCCAGACACGAUCGUGCGCCCGAUUGUGCCACUACGACCACAGUCUGAGGAAAUUAAUGAUAGCAUGGAAGAUGUGACGCUCACAAAGGAACCUGUUGAUGAAUACAAGGGGCUCCGAAGUCAGUUGGAGGAAGACAACGAGGACGAUGAUAAUGAUGAUGACGACGACGACGACGAUGACCAAGACGUCGUGGUUCGUUCGCGCAUCGAUAGAGUCGCGAGGAAUCGCCGGCUGCCAGCCAAGUUGAGAGAUGAUGGAGAUUGGAUGAGCGCCAGUCAGUAAUUUGGGCAGAGAAGCUUGA